UUACAUUGGUAGAUUUUUUUAACAAAGUAUAUUGAUUGGAAUUUUAUAUGAGUUUUAGAUUGGCAAUGGCAGCACAUAUUCCUUUGAUUAUUUUUCGUUAAAUAUAAAAGAGUUUAAGAACUACAGAAACAGAUUAUGUACCAAUCCAAUCCAGCUCUUCAAAAUUCUUUGUACCAAUCUUCUUCCCACCAUUUCAAACCCUAAUCAGGAUGAUCUGGCCGAACAGAAAUCUCAAUACAGAAAACCAAAGAUUCUGAUAUGUGCUUAAAAGAUUCAAAAUAUUCCAAGAUUUCGUUCUGAAUCCCAAAUCGAUAUCGUCUGAAUCGAUUCCAAUUAUUGAUGUGACUCGUAGGGUGGGGUUCAAAUUCAAGCUCGUAAAUCCCCGAUUCGAGAUUCGAUUUGAAUAUCUUGACUGUGUUUCUUCAAUUUGUUCUUGUCUUUGAAAUUUCGCAUCAAUGAUUACGAAUCCAGAUCUCAUCUACUACGCUUGCAUUGCUAGAAAGACCACAAUUCUUGCCGAGUUCACCAAAGAGGUCGAUCUCGAAGACUUGGCUCGUCAAUGCAUCCAGAAAUGUCCUCCAUUUCACUCCAUGUUCUCUCAUACCGUUAGAAAAAGAAACUACAUCUUCUUAAUCGAAGACCCUUUUGUCUAUUUCGCCAUUUCUGAUCAAAACCUCGAUCAAUCGGAGACCCUUUGGUUCUUGAACCGUAUUAAAUCCGGUUUCGAAGACGCCAGAUCGAAACGCAGCUCUGACAAUUUCAACUCUCAAGCGGAAUUCAAUUCGAUUUUAAGGGCAGUUAUGGUGUUGGACUUGGACUUGGACUUGGUGAGUCCAACGCCUAGUUUAUCGAGUGUUAGUCAAAAUCCCAGCUUGGAUUCUUCCGCUAGAGGUCAAAGUUUUGGGUUUACACCUUUGCUUGGGGUGAAACCCUUAAAGGGUUUGAAGAAGAAGAAAAAGAGACUGUCAGGGGAGACCAAUGGAGAUCUUGGAAGAGAUUCAAGUUUGGAGAACACAGUGGAUGUGUUUGAUGAUAAUGGUGGCGUGUCUAUGCAAAAGAGUGUUUCUCCUUACGUGGGUGAUCGCCAAAAGGCUAAACAGGUAUGGAGGAAGCAUGUUUGGGUGGUGUUGUUGCUGGAUUUGUUUGUUUGUGCAGUUCUGUUUGGGAUUUGGUUGUGGGUUUGUAGAGGGUUCAAAUGCAUUGAAAGUUGAAAUUUUGAGAAGUCUUUGAUUUGCUGUUCUGAGAGAAUUUUCGGUUGCAUUAAACUCUGAAUUUGAUUAUCAGCGAUUACACAAAAAGAAAAUACUCCAAAGGUUCAUAUGUGUAAGUAAGUGAUGUUGAUGUUGAUGUUGAUGUUGAUGUGCUCUUGAUUUUGUGUUCAUUUUGUACCUUAUUUAUUUCCAAUUACUACAUACCUUUUAUUUCGAGGUCAUCUAUAUAAAGUCUAGCUAGCUGUUGUCAGUGUCAUGUAAUGCAUAAAAAAUUGGAUAUACACAAAGAUAUUGGCAAUGCAAGCAAGACUUUGACAUUA